AUGAAAAGCAAACAGAAAUUUGGAUAUUUUCGAACAACUAUUUUAAUAUGCUUGCUAUUUUUUAAUUAUCAAGUUGAAGGAGAUGAUUGGAAUGCAACAAGCAAUGUAAAAGAAUAUAGGAAUUCAAGAAGAGAACCGAUCCUUACUAGAGCACCUCCAGUUACAAAAUUGGGGGAUCCAACUAUAUCGCUUACUAUUCCGGCAAGAAAAGUCUGUUACAAAGGUUCAUUUGAUACAAAAUAUAAUUCGUGUACUUAUAUAGAUAAGGAUGAUGAAGCAAUUCCGAUUUAUAAGCCUUGCAUAGGCAAUUCAACACUGGUAGAUGGAUAUUGUAUUGGGACAAUGAUUUCAGAUUACGAAAAGUAUUGCCAUGGAUAG